ACCACCCAAUAUUCCAUAUUCAGUUUCAACAUGGCGUUUAAUGGAGAAGGUCCAUUGAUCAAGCGUCAGCGAACAGACCUUGAAACCGGCCAGCACAGGAACCAUGCAGAGCAAUAUGGAGGAUACGGAGAUGAGCCACGCAGGAAAAGAACGGAGAACGAGAAAGUGAACCACGUGCUGCUCUUCACAGUUCUGAACCCAGUGUAUCCGAUCACAGUGGAAGUACUGCAUACGAUCUGUUCACCAAGCGGCCAGGUUCUACGCAUUGUCGUCUUCAGGAAGAACGGCAUACAGGCAAUGGUUGAAUUUGACAGCAUAGAAUCUGCGAAGAGAGCCAAGGAGUCUCUGAAUGGAGCAGACAUCUACUCAGGUUGUUGCACACUCAAGAUAGAAUACGCUAAGCCCACCAAGCUGAACGUGUACAGGAAUGACUUGGAGAGUUGGGACUACACAACCCCCAACGUCGGCGUUAAGCAAGACUCAUCGGCUUCUGGUCGACCGGCCCCCCUUUUGCAGGAACCUAGAUUUGGGGCUGGCCCUCAACCCUAUCGAGGUGAUGGCAUGAUGCGUGGCAGUGGUGGCGGCAGUGGAGGGGGAGGAGGACUUGCUUCGUCAUAUGCGGGGGCGGCAGAUCGUUACGAAGACGGCUAUCAGAACGGGCCUCCAGGCUCAUAUUCAGAUCAAUAUGGAGACAGAUAUCAGUCUGACAGGUAUAGUAUGAAACAAGAUUAUGGCAGGGAGCCGCUUCACCCUACUCCUCCACGAUCAGGCUAUGGACCCGCAGCCAUACCACAAACCCCAGGAGGACCUAACGCACCAGGGCCACAGCAAGGAUCAGUCAUGAUGGUUUAUGGGCUUGAUCCAGAGAAAUCCAAUACUGAUAGACUGUUCAACAUUUUCUGCCUGUACGGCAAUGUGCUGCGUAUUAAGUUUCUGAAGACAAAGGAAGGCUGUGCUAUGAUUCAAAUGGGGGAUGGCUUGGCAGUGGAACGCUGUGUGCAAAACCUGAAUAACGUGACUCUGAUGGGGUCAAAGCUGCAGUUGGGGUUUUCCAAACAAGCAUUCCUAAGUGAUGUACAGAACCCACACUCACUGCCUGACAAGAGUCCAUCCUUCAAAGACUUCACAGGCAACAGAAACAACCGUUUUAUGAAUCCUACUAUGGCCAGCAAGAACAGAAUACAGCCUCCAUCUAAGAUCCUGCAUUUCUUCAACACCCCACCAAACAUGACCGAGGAACUACUUGCCAAGGUGUUUGAAGAUAAUCAAGCACCAUGUCCAAAGACCAUCAGAUUAUUCCCACUGAAGACAGCAGACAGAAGCUCGUCUGGCCUCUUGGAGUUUGAGGAUGUGGCUGAUGCACUGAUUGCCCUCAUGCUUUGUAAUCAUGCUGCUAUUGAGAACCCAGGUGGCAAGUUCCCGUACGUCAUGAAGUUGUGCUUCUCAUCAUCCCGUCAGAUCCCAAAUUCCAUGCGCAGUGGAGGGAACAGCGACCAGCAGCAACACCAAGAUAUGCAAGAUGAGAACCUGGAGUAGAUGCAGAUAUGAAGCGUUCAAUAUUUUUCGUUUUCUUUGGUGGAUCAGGAGUAGUUGUAAUCAUCUCUUCGCACCCUGCCCUCUGUUUUGUGAGGGGCCCCCCCAUGUUCCUCAGAUCUUACUGAAUAGAAAUUAUAUUCAUCUAAUCAGUUUUACUUACUUGACUCUAUUCACACACUGAUUGGUAAUGUAAGAAUUCAUGGGCCAUUUCUUAAAAAUACAUGCAAUAUAAAAGCAUUCUGUAAGCAUCAACCAGGUUAAUUGUGCAGUAGCAUUAUUUCUGUGUGAGAAAUCAACCAUUCCGUGAUAUACCUGUGUAUACCAUUCACUGACAUUCACAGCUUUCCUGACUUUUUGUGGCUGGGGGAUGAAAAUCCAAGUGUUAUGGGUGGUUGUUUCAUGUAGCAACAUUUUACUGUGUUUUUUAGAAUUGGAUAACCAUGGACCAAGGCAUUGGUUGUUACACAUAAGCCAGAUACUUUAUUUUUAAUUUAUUUAAUUCACGUGGUAUUGCCAGAUCACAAGAACAUGCAGUUGAGGUGUUGAUUUUAGGACAGUUCAGAUUUGAGCUAAAGUUAUAGCAGCGUAGUGUCUCUGUAUCUUGACUUUCGGCAUCACAAACCAUCACUCCUCCAAGGUAAUACUUAAUUUCAUUUAUUGGCAGGGUGAGGAGUUUCUGAAGCAACAUAAAGUCGUAUGUUAUGAAGGUCAGAAGGCUUGAUGUGUAAGAACUUGUAUUUCCUGGCUGUAUAACUAUUUCAUCUUUGCAGGUUGUCUCUACCAUAUAUUUUGACUUGCACUGGAUAACAUGAUAGAAGUGCAUUGGGGCAAUGUUCCACCCCCAUACCUCAUCAUCACAUGAUGUAUUUUUGUGUGAUUUAACCCUUGUACUCUCAGAUCUGUAUGCAGAAGUUACGUGACUUUUUCAUAAUACUCCAGCCAAAGCUGUUCAGUGCAAAAUAAAAAAAACAUUGAAAAAGCAGAUUCAUUGUUAUCAUUUUUUAGUCUGCACAUUAAAAGGAAAAUAAAUUUACUCAGGUCACAGCACUUUCCUUUUCCGCACUGUGAUCAGGUGAUCAGGCAUGUGACGAGCACAAAGCAUCUUUAUUGAUGCUGCUGAUCACACAAGAGAUUUCAGUGUAAGCAAAUCUAAUUGCCUUUGAUUUCUUCAGAUUCAUUUACAGUAGACAGAUCUUUUCCAUUGACACCAUGUGCAAAUAGAGGGCAGGGUGUGCUUGCUGUUCUUUUGUUACAUCAUCUGCCUUUAUCAUUGUGGCAGCAUGUCAUUAAUAAGUGUUGGGCCUAACCUAGGGUAGUCAAUAUGUUUUAUACAUCUCAUGCAUAGGAAUUCCAUUCUUCCGUUUUUAUUCCUUAGAUGGCCAUGUACUCUUGAUAAAGUAACUUUUUUUUUCCUGAAGUCCAGAGUGUGGAGAGGCUAAUAAAGACAUAGAUGUGAUGGGAGAAAGUAAGCUGACAGGACAGAGGACUCCCACUGUCAGGAUGUUACCAAGUUGAUUGUCAAUUCUUGCACAAGGGAGGGUGACUGGAAGGCCAGAUGUGCAGCAUAUAUCUAUACAUGAGCAGAUGUUCCAAUUCUCGGACAUAACCGCAUCAACAACAACAACAAAAUCCUCGUGUGCAAACAUGAGGUGACUCUGAAACAUAUCAGUAUAGUGCUUAUAUUUCAAUUACUGGAAGAAUUACUGUUUUCCAAAGUAUGAUUCCAGAAAUUUUUAAACAGUUGUAAUUGAUGUUUUUUGUGUGUUCUAUGUGAAGUGGCUCCUAUUCUCUUGGUCAUCGGUAAAUUAGCUUAUUGCUGUGCAUUCAUUGGGUCUUCCUCUUCAGUUUUGCAAGCUGUUUCCCCAGUCAGUGAGGUCCAGUAUUGCUUCAACUUGGUUUUGCAUACUUUUAUAGAGUUUCCUUUUUUAUAAGUAAGCAUGUGCACAUGUUAGAUACUUUCUCCCUAAAUGAGGAACCAGAGCCAUUAAAGACAGUAGAAUAUAAUGUAGAUUGUAGAUUUUGACGACCAGCAUUUUGGUCACAUUGGGCUGGUGCAUUGCAUUAAAGAACAUAAGAGUGGCCUCUGUCAUCUGGACCACCAGAUGGUGAUUUCUGACCAGAGAGAGGUUUCCCUCAAUUCUUUUUCUUAUCAUCUGAAAGCAGAAGUACAGUUUUAUAUGAAAUAUAUGUUAUAGACUUUAAUACUAUUACAAUUUUAUUGCAAACAACCUUGUUGAAUUGGUUUUAUUGUUAAUUCAUAUUUCUCGUCUCUCAUUCUUUGCCAUGUCCACUCUUUAAUGAAGAGAAAUAUGUAUUUUCAACUGAAGUUUUCUUAGAAUUGGACCUGUCAGUUUUGUCAAAGAGAAUUUUUGUUGGAAGAAACAUGUAAACAGAAAAGAUGGAUUGGCCAAAGGAGAAUUUACUAGGAGUUGAGGGUAGUAACAAUGAAAUUUUAUUUUAUACAGCCAAUAACACUUAUAAAUUUUUGCUGUCUAGUAGGUGUCAUCACUUUAUUUCAUUUCAGAAGCCUGUCUGGCUGUUAAAAGUGCAAAGUUAACAUCCUAUUAACUGCUUAUUCUCAAGUUUUGCUGUUUUCAUGUGUCUCACAAGUCUGCUUGAUUCAGGAAAUGACCUUUGUCACAGAAUGUAGUGUAAUCAUCUCUGUACCAGCCCAGGUAACCAUAUGCAUUUAGAUUUAUGACGUUCUGUUCUUCAUGUAAUGUAUUGUUCUUGCUGGAGCGGCUUAAUUGUGAUGUAGACACUCAGAUCCCUUUUCCGUCUGCCAUCUCCUAAGUAGUUAAUCCUAUGUAUUUCCCAUUUCAGAUUUUGAUGUCCAAACACAACUUUAUUGUUUGCACAUAUAAUAUGGCGAUAGCAUGGAGUCCAGCUAAUCACUGCAGGACUUACCCUCUGUGGAUGUACCUGUGUAUCACCUAGAUUAGUGGAAAAAUGUGAAAUUAUUUUGCAUUUAGAAUAGUUCAGACCUACCCCGCUGUUGUCCACAGCUAAUAGCGCUACAACACCAGUUUCACAAUCCUGCCAGCCAUGGCUGUUGCAGUGAGGUUAGCUCACCGCAGUGUCACUACUCUUUGCGCAGGCAAUGUCUAGUUUAUGAGCUUCUGUAUUCUAUACAAGUCAUCAGGAGAAAAGAAUUUUCAUAUAUACAGAAAUGUUCUUUGAUUUAAAUGGUUUCCAAUUUAGCAGUCUAUACUGUAUACAAUUUGGUACAUACAUGUUUAUAUAAAUAAAGAUAAUGUGGAUUGUUACUCAUAUAGAACGUUAUUUAUGUCUUCUGAUCUGUGGUAUGUAUGAUUAACGUAUGAAACACAUGGUUAAUAUUGUGGUGUUCCUUCUUUCUUGUCCUAUAGUUACUAUGAUCAUGAACACCUCCUUUAUUUAGCCAGAAGUUUGUUUUCACUCGUCACAAUAAAUUUUCAAGAUGUGAAAUUAGAAACUGUAUAAUUUUGCAGAAUAGUAUGUUUAUAAAUAUGUGAUCUCGAAGAUUGAAUCUGUUGCCAUUUAAGCCUUCAAAACCCCAGUGGUUGCUCUAUGUAUCACCUGGUUUUCUUACAUACUGAAACUCUGCGUUCUGCCCACACAGUGUAUUUGUGUGUUCCAUGUGGUUCUCACAAUAAACAGCAUUAACUGGCAGGUUUUUGUAGUGGAGGCGAAAUGUAUUCCCUGUGUUGUGCGGACUGAAUCUUUGUAUAUUAAUGUGUUCAGUCUGUGUUAAUGGAGUUAUUUUGAAAGUAGAAAUUUUUUAUUGAAUUUGAAGUUCAUGUUUAAAUGUUUUUUUAGUCUCCUGCCAUUUCAGUUAUGAAUUAAUAUUUUUGAUAUGUUGGAUUUGAAAAUUUCUGAAUCAGUUUCUAUUGACUUUACAAUGAAGCAAAUUGAAAUUUAUUGUGAUAUUCCAGGUGACAUUGUGAUGACACUUCCUGCCCAGCCAAGGCACUCGUGGUGCAUUGCGUAGAGAGUUUGCAAGUAUUUUGUAUAACAUAUGACUGAAGAUGGGUGUUAUAUUGUAGUUUGCUGGUAGAUCUGUUUUGACAUCAUUGUGAUGUAGCUGCUGCUAUAAUGUUUUAGAACAGCUGCACCUGUUGUCCUUGUUGGAGGUGUUUUAACGCUACAGUUACAGGGCAUGCAGAGUGGUAAUCUAAUGGACAUUCUUUGAAAGUUCCAGUAAGCACUGUUUGCUUCUUGAUAAUUGUUUUAUUUCUAAAUGUAUGAACUAUGGAAAUACAUUUAUAUAGGUACUUGACAUCAUUUUCAGACUUGAUAAUUUUGGAACAUUGCCUUUUCACUGGCAGGUAUUUUGUUGCAGCUUAUACAAAUCUUAUUUUGUUUUAUAAAGAUGAUGCAACAUGAGAGGCAUAAUAAAUUGUAAGAUACUUUGCGUGGUUUCUUUAUAUGUCUGAAUUACUUGCAAUAGGAAACUAACCUUUUGAGUAAAGUUUAGAGUUGACUGGUAGGACCAGCAAGCCUACCUCAGUGGUGUUAUGCCACUUUCAUGAUAUAGUAGUAGUAAAUAACAGUAAAAAAUAUCUUGAGGUCUGUGAGGGUUUUAAAAACCUAUUUCAUUAUUUAUUGACAGUGAACAUUCUCUCAGAAAUGUAUAUUAUAUAUAUAUUAAAAUUUUUGUUGCCAUUUUAUAUACAUCGUACACUCCAGAAUGACACAGAAUAAUUCCAUAAUUAUAAAAUACUGUAGGAUGUAACCAUGAUGGACAUUAUUUUAAAUUUCUUAUGGUAAGCAGCAUUGAAGAUUUCCUAUCUCCAUUUUUGCAUACAGUUUAUAAUGUACUAGUUUUUUUUGUUUGCAUAAUCAGCAGAAGUAUUGUAGUAAAACAAAGUACAGCCUGCAUAAGCUCAGUUUUAUGGUUAUAACUGACAUUGAGUAAACUGGAAAUUGGCAUAACAUGUUCACAGUAUGAAGCUUGUUACAGCAGUGUUUAUCUGUGUACAAGUUUGCAAAUUGUACAAUGUACAUUCAUGCAAUUAACUUAUACAAGAUACCUCUAUAUUCACCUAUGAUGCAUUUGUGAGAUGAUGGUGAAUAAGGUUAUGUUCUUCAGCAAAUUUAUAUAUAUAUAUCCUUUCAAUGAAUUAUUAUUAUUUCCUCUCACUUUCUUUGCAACUUGUAUACAUGCAUUAACAUUGCUAACAUCACUUUUCUUUUUGGAAGUGUAGGUGUGCAAAAGGAAAAGCUGAACUAUGUGAGAUGUUGCUGCUAUGACAACAGUGAGGUUGAGGCUGAGGCAGACUGAUGUAGCUUGUGUGGAGUAGAUGACCGAGAAGCUGCAUCACAGGAAUGUUGCAUAAGAAAAUUUGUGAUAAAGUAUAAUGUUGAGUUUUGGCUUAGAAACUGUGAGUACCUAAUGCACAAAUAAGGAGGCAUGACUGCACAUAUUUUAAAUAUGUGUAGCUUAGUGGCUACAGCUUCUGUCAAAAAGAAACAUUUUUCACUUUAUUUGCUUAAUUUUAAAUUUGUAUUUGAGACCAUGAAAAUGCUGGUUGCUGUUGUCUCGUUUGCAUUAGAUUAACGUUUGGCAUACAAAUUUUGUAAAAUUUCAUCAAACUCUUUGAUGUUUUAAUACGAAUAUUGACACUUGAAGCUUAAGACAGUAAGACAUUGGCCUUGUGUGCAGAAGAUUUUGGAUUGAGACAUUGGCCUUCCAUGCAGAAGAUUUUGGAUUGAGGCAUUUGCCUUCCAUGCAGAAGAAUUUGGAUUGAGGCAUUGGUCUUCCAUGCAGAAGAUACUGAAUUGAGACCAGCCAGAUCCAGUAUGCAUAUUUUUGUCACCUGAAUACUUUUAUAUAUAUGAGAGAUGCCAGUCUCCUUCUAGGGUUUGGAACUCUUGUUAAACUGUCAGUCACCUCUUUACCUCUGCUGACCAUUGUUGUCUUCAGUUCUCUUGUCAUCAAGGCCAGAUGGAAACCCAACAUCAGAUGCUCCCCUCUGAAAUGUGGAUUCCUAUCUUGACCAUGGACUGGAAGGCAGAUGUAGCAGCAUAGCCAGGGACUACAUGUAAAAGCAUAAGCCACAUACAACAAGUUGCAGUUAUUUUUAAAUGUAAACAAAGAAUUGCAGUAGUUUUGAAAAUUGACACUUUACUAUAACCAGUCUUCCUUUUGUGCAUAAUUAAAAUAGCUCAUUGUUGGAGAAGUUAAUUUCAUGUGCUACGUAUUCUGCAUGUUUAGAUGUGUUUUGAGAAGUGCCCAUUUGUUUUGUAUUGUCAGUACCUCACAAACAACAGUGCCCAAACUGUGAGACUGACAUGCUGUAGUAGGUAUACAAAACUUUUUGAACCACAAUGAAUUAGGUUAAGUUUAUUUUGAUGGUACCUGAUUUAUGACAAUUUUUAUUUUAUGGCAUGUAAAUUUGAUCAAGCAGUAUAUCUGUAUAAGUAAGUGUUCACCAUACAGAAAGUUGUCUAAGCUCUAUAAUGACUUAUCUGCACAGACCUUGUUUGUGUGAAGGUAGUUCAGUUUAAUUCCAAAUGACAGUUCAUAAUCAGUUUCAUUCUAAUAAUAGCAGUGCUUACAUGGAACUUAUUAACUGUGUGCUACAGUACAUUAACUCCAUUUAUUUCCCCCUCCUUAAAUGUGCAAUUGAAUUUUGACUUUGAGGGACUAAGAUUGGUUUCUUCUGCAUGCCUUUGUAAUGGUUGCGUUAUCACAUUCCCAUGCACAUAGUCAUAGAAUUUAUGUUAAUUAAGGAAGAAACAAAAAUAAGAGAACUACUUAGAUCUUAAGUGAAGAAGCCACACGAAGUCAAUUAAAACAAAUUAUUACAUGUGAAGAAGAUUGUUGUCGUGUUUUUCUAUGCUGCCAUAAGUUGUACUCCAUCUCAUGUAUUAAAAUGCGCUCAGUGUUGGCAACACAGUAAUAAAUAUGAUUACAGUGCUCU